GCACGUUAAUUGACACCGGAGAUCCAGAGUGGUGCGUCAUUUUUCUGUUAUUUUCAUUUUUGGAAAUCCCGUCAUACCGAACGUCAACAUGGAAUACGCGCUAGCUGUCAUCGGCGUUUUAAUUGUUUAUCUUACAGGUAAAUCUGCAGAGGGCUCGUGUUAUUUUCAACAAGAAUUCCAAGGUGAAUACGUUAUGCAGAGCGCAGUCAUCGGACCAAAUGUACAGUAUGCCACGCUCAAAAUAAACGCAACAACCGUUGGCAUCUGGGGCCAUUGUCACAAGAGAAUAGGAAAUAAUUAUCUACUUAGGAUGAGUCAUGGAGAAACAAGUUGCAUCAGAUGCUUCCACCUGAAAUUGCGAUCUACAAAUGUACUCGAGAUGAUCACUAGCCAUAAUUCUGUGUCGAAAUGUCACAUAGUAAGUGAAGAACAAGCUGAACGAACAUGUCCUACAGAACAAAGUUUGGUUUCCAGAAACGUAACAGAAAUAUUGUUAUUCAAAACAAAAGAUGUUCACGAAUUCCCCACGAUGAGGAAGUAUUGCCCUCUGGAUGGAAAAUACUCCGUAAUUUAUCGUAAUAGAAAUGUGCGAUCUCUGAAAAAAAUUGAGUGUCACGGUUUAGAUUCUACCAUAGAUUCUUGCCCGUCUGGGUCUACUCUCAACAUAAGGCUGAAAGGGUGCAGUGAAGGAGAGAUGAGUGAAUUUAAAUUCGAAUGUUUGGGUAGCUGGAAUGGAAUUAAAGAGGAGAAUUUUAUAAUAUUCGUGGAUAGCAGACAACAUAAGCCUAGAUACAGAUGUGCGGUUUAUGAAAGGGAAGCAAGAACUGGUCGCAUCCAUAUGGCCCUAAGCAAUGAUUCCACUUGCAUCACGGACCUCCACAAUGCAACUAGUGGUUUCGAAACAUUCCUUCUACAACCAAAGGCUGCUACCCCAUGGCCAGUUGAAAUAAGAUCUGGUACUUGCAAUUUCCCAAAAUGGAUGCAAGGAAAAUGGGAACACAUAAGGGUGAAUGAUGAUACGCUAGUGUAUCAAGACCAUUCUUCCUUCAAGACAUACACUAUUAAGUGUGCUGAUUCCCACCAGUUCGAAAAUAAAUAUUUGGUGUUCAGUAGGAGUCAGUGCAACGAGGAGCACUACAGUUGCCUCUGGAUACAUAAGAGAGCCAGCAACAUCCUCGAAUUCCAGAUCAGCAUCAAGUCGAGUUAUAUGAGUAACGUUUUCACCUUAUGCCAUGAAUCGAAUUUCCUUGAAGAUUCUUGGAUUACACAAGGAAGAAUUGCCCCUCCAACCACUGGAGAAAUAGUACCCAGGAUGUGUCCAAUUUCUGGAGAGUAUACUGGUGUUAUACCUGACUCUGAUUCUGAGCUCUGUGCAAAUCUUCGUUCAGAUUGCAAUGCAGAAGUCAUGUAUUAUCAGGUUUCAAGUUGCAUAACAGGGGAGCUCUAUGAAGAGAGGGAAUAUGUGUGUCUUGGGCAUUGGGUCGAGGAUGAUCUCCUUUAUACUUACACCAAACGCAGGGAUAUAGCUGCCAGUACCUACGAAUGCUUCGUAGGUAGUAUAACUCCAAAUCGGGAGGUGUACAUAAAAGAAGCUGGAAGUUUUUGCCAGAGGAACAUCGAUCCCAUAAAGAACGGAAUGGAACUGAUCAAAAACGAAAUGUACUCCUGCAAGAAAAACGUGCCAGUUUCCAAUAAAACCGAAGAGAGACCAAAGAUAACUUACGAACAAACUACAGUUAAAUUAACUACGGAAGCGACUGUUACUGUGGCUCAUACCAAAAGUACAAGAAAGCCAUGGAACUUUGAUAACAGCAUGGGAGAUAUACCGAAACAUAAAGAGAAACAUAAUAAUGCUAACCAUGUUGAAGUUAUGAUUCUCCUAUAUAUUUGCACAAUCACCUUACUCAUCCAACUUUAAGAUAUGGAAAAAUUUUGUGUGGGAAAAGUGAAUUUGAAAUCUUCUGUCGAUAGACUUCAUGAAAUCAUGCCAACGAUAAUCUUGAAUCAAGUGCAAUAUAUAUUGGAGAUUCAUCAUUGGUGAUAUUGAUGAAGAAACUGUAGAAAAAUCUGAAUAAUUUGUAUCCGACACAAAGACUCAGAUAUGUACUUAAAUAUUUUCCACAUCUCAUUGAUCCAAAAUGCCAGGUCCCAGUCUACCUUCAUGAACAUAAUUUUCUUGCCAAAAAGGCUGUGUUUUGUGAGUUUUCUUCGAAGAAAAAGCAUUGUACCCUUCGUAUUUUUCUUUUGAAAAAACCUCUGUCAGAACGACUAAAUAUUUUGCUCAGUUACUGUGAUUGCUUCUAAAUAGAGAUAUAUUGGUCCAGCAAUGAAGGAUUCGUCAACGAAUUAGGUUAACAUCUACGUUUACUUUCAUGAAUAUGUGCAUCAUUUAAUUUAUUGUAUAUUAAUGCAAUUGUGAUUUAUAUUUUUUGUAGAUGAAAUAUAUUAUUUAAAUGUU